AUGAGUCAAGAUGCUCAAAUAUUAACAGAUAAUCCUGAUUGUUUACAAGACAAUUAUGUUGAUUUCAAUCAAAAGCAAAUCUUGGAAUCUGCUACACCUGACUUGUCACAAGAAGCGUCGGCCAAAAAGCCAACCCUGAAAUGGGCACAUCCUCGGUUUACCCUAAGUUCCUUUCAGCUUUAUGAGACAAAGACUAGAUAUUAUGUCGUGGGCACCAAUCAGGCCAAGCAGCGUUACCGAGUAUUACAGAUUGACCGAACGAACCCUAAUGAGCUGACAGUGAUUGAGGAUGACGUACUUUAUACAGAGCAAGAAAAGACACGGCUCUUAAAAAUGAUUGAGGACGGAAACCUCUCAGUUGGAGGUCUACAGCUUUCGACUAUGGAAAUAUAUGGCGUCAUUGGCUUUAUCAGGUUUACACAAGGAUGGUACAUUAUCUUUAUUACCAAACGAAGACAGGUGGCUGUACUCGGAGGUCAUUAUAUUUACCAUAUCGACAAGACUCGUCUUGUGCCUAUAGGUCCACAGGUCAAGUUGGAUAAGAAUUCAGACGAGGCUCGAUAUAUCACAACAUUUCAAAAUAUUGAUUUGGCUAAAAACUUUUACUUUUCAUACACAUAUGACCUUACCAACUCACUUCAAAACAACUUAACUCAGCCGCCGUUGGAUACCAGUGGGACAAAAAAGUCUCAAGGGUUGCAGCUCAACGAUAUGUUUGUUUGGAAUCAUUAUCUAUUGAGUUCUGGAUUUAAAAACCUAAAUAGUAAAUCAGGCUGGAUUCUACCAUUGAUCUAUGGUUUUGUGGAUCAAGCAAAAAUAUCUGUAUUUGGAAGAAAUAUACUGGUUACGUUGAUUGCUAGACGAUCAAGGUAUUUUGCUGGUGCCAGAUUUUUGAAGCGAGGUGUGAAUGACAAGGGCUUUGUAGCCAAUGAUGUAGAGACCGAGCAGAUAGUAACAGAUAUGGUAACCACAUCAUUUCAUUCAACGGAUUGUCUAUUUGGAAACACUCGCUAUACAUCCUAUGUUCAACACAGAGGCUCUAUUCCCUUGAUUUGGUCGCAAGACACAACCAAUAUGUCACCUAAGCCUCCUAUUGAAUUGAACGUAGUUGAUCCUUUCUUUUCUGCUGCAGCUCUGCAUUUCGAAAAUUUAUUUCAAAGAUAUGGUGCGCCGUGUAUAGUGCUGAAUCUGAUCAAACAAAAGGAAAAAACAAAAAGAGAGUCUAUUCUUGGAAAAGAGUUUGCAGAAGCGAUAGCAUAUCUUAAUCAAUUUUUGCCAAAAGAUAAACAAAUAAGAUACAUAGCCUGGGACAUGUCUAGAGCGUCAAAAAGUCAUGAUCAAGACGUCAUUGGCUAUUUGGAGAAAAUAGCUGAAGAAGUCAUGCAAUCAACUAGCUUUUUUAGAAGUGGCAUCAAUACAGAUUACAAGAAGCAAAAUGGAGUACUGCGAACAAACUGUAUUGACUGCUUGGACAGAACAAAUGCAGCACAGUUCUUAAUGGGAAAAUGUGCUCUUGGAUACCAACUGUAUGCAUUAGGCGUCAUUGCGUCUCCAAAGGUCGAUUUUGAUUCAGAUGCUGUCAAUAUCUUUACAGAAAUGUAUCAUGAUCAUGGCGAUACUAUCGCUCUUCAGUAUGGUGGAUCUCAUCUUGUCAAUACGAUGGAGACAUAUAGAAAAAUCAAUCAAUGGACAAGUCAUCCCAGAGACAUGAUUGAGUCCAUUAGACGAUACUACGCCAAUGCAUUUUCAGGCAACGCUUUCACACAGCAGAAAAAACAACUUGAUAUCUAA